GGGUUAGUCUAAUUGCAGUGUGAGUGUUUGUGUAUACAAAGCAAAGCAAGUAUCCAUCGCGCGACUUGAAUAUUGCACUCUCUCUAUCUGUUCGGAUCUGGAUAGUAAAUCGGGUCGAACCGUGGCUUCCUCAGGGUCGCAGAGCCUGUCUCGAAGAAAGCCUUCUUCUUCUUCGUCUACUACUACUACUACUUCACAAACAUCAGGGUCGACCCGAAUCGUUUACAGGGAAUCCAGGGAAUCUGAAUUCCCGUUCUGGCAGCAGAACUGGUUCAUCGCUUUGCUCUUCCUCAUGGCUCUCGGAUUCUUCGGUUUUGCUCUCUUCCUUUUUCUCACGCUCGAUUCUGACAUCGCUCCUUCUUCCACUUCCACUGCCUCUGCGGCUUCCUCCGAAGGCGUCGAGGUACAGAUUACUUACGGCUCCGUUCUGAAGCUUAUGCACGAGAAGACCAAAUUUCGGUUGCAUUCUCAUGAUGUGCCAUAUGGUUCUGGCAGUGGACAACAAUCAGUUACGGGUUUUCCCAAUGUCGACGAUGCCAAUAGUUACUGGAUUGUUAGACCUCAGCCAGGAACUGAUGCUAAACAAGGUGAUGCCAUUAAAAGUGGCACAAUCAUUAAAUUACAGCACAUGAGGACAAGGAAGUGGCUGCACAGCCAUUUGCAUGCAUCCCCAAUAAGUGGCAAUCUCGAGGUGAGUUGUUUUGGAGGAGAAUCUGAAUCUGACACCGGGGACUAUUGGAAGAUUUUAGUUGAAGGAAGUGGGAAGACUUGGAAGCAGGAUCAGAGGAUUCGAUUUCAGCAUGUUGACACUGGAGGCUAUCUACAUAGUCAUGAUAAGAAAUACUCUCGGAUUGCUGGGGGACAGCAGGAGGUUUGUGGUGUUCGUGAGAAGCGUGCUGACAAUGUCUGGUUGGCAGCCGAAGGUGUCUACCUUCCGGUUACCGAAAGCAAAUGAGUUGAUUAGUAUCAAUACUUUGUUCAAACGGGCAACAUGGAUUAUGAAAUGGGUGGCUGGCACCGGUUCUGAUAAUAGAUGUCGAUUGUCUAUUGAAGGAAAAUAUACUUUAGCACUUUUUGGAUGAUGUAGUAAUGUUAGUAAUAUUUAGUCUUAGGUUCACUAUGUUAGUCUUUAAGUGCAUGGCCCUUUCCCCGCAGGAUAUACUUGCUGUAUCUGUUAUUUUGUUAUGCAAUGUGCUAAUUGGUAGUUCCUCCAAUAGGGCUAAAAUGGUUGAAUUGUCAGCAAUGGAACUUUAAUUUUCAAGUGAUUUAAGACGUUUAAUUAUA